CCCUUUCGUGGCUCAUUCAUUCCGCACAGCUAGUACGGUACGCUUUGUACGGACUUGCAGAUGUCCGAACUGCCUAGAGAACGGGUCGGACUUGGCCUGGGCGAGAAAUGGAAGAGCUUCAUGAAGCUUUACAUGACAUUCGUGACGGUUUAUAGGAGUCCGGAUGAGAGUCCCGAGCACACAGUGCCACACCAGUGCCGAGCACAGCUAAAAGCCAUGGGAUACUACCCGAACUCGGAGGAAAGACGGAUUCCCGGCCGCAGGACCUGGUUUCUGUUUAUUUUCUCUCAGAUAACGAUGUUUUUCUGCUCCCAAUGCUAUGGAAUAUUCGACUCCCUGGACGACCUUGUGGAAUGGGGUCGGGAUCUCGCCUUCAUAAUAGCGUCGUUUUUUAUCUAUUUCAAGUUUAUAUAUUUCCUGCUGUAUGCCGAUAACGUGGACGAGGUAAUCGAUGGCCUCGAGGAGUGCUACCGUUGGGAGAGAGCGGGCCCGGCUGCUGCAGGAGUGCGAUCGGCAAAACGCUUGCAUUAUCUGAUUGUCAUCGGGAUGCAAAUAAUUUGGGCGUUUUCCAUGGUCGUGUUCGUCCUGCUAUUGGUUACCACGCCCCUCUGGACACAGCAGGACCUUCCGUUGCAUGUUUCCUACCCUUUCCACUUACACGAUUCAUCAAAGCACCCCGUGACACACAUCCUCAUAUACAUAUCACAUUCUUGGAGCAUUCUGUACUUCCUAACGGGGCUCGUCUCUACCGAAGGGCUAUCGAUCACUAUUUAUUCGCAGCUAACGACUGGAUUGACUGUCCUGUGCGUUGAGCUUCGGCAUCUUCACCAGCUCUGCGAUGGAGACGAGGAUCUGCUGCGAUGGGAGAUCAAUCGUCUAGUCAAAUAUCAUCAGAAGAUUAUCAGUCUGGUGGAUCGAAGCAAUGAGGUAUUCCACGGUCCUUUAAUCAUGCAAAUGAUCGUCAACUUCUUGCUGGUCUCCCUGUCGGUCUUCGAGGCAAUGAUGGCCAGGCACGACCCCAAGGUGGCAGGCCAGUUCAUACUUCUAAUGAUCUUGGCCUUGGGUCACCUGUCGAUGUGGACGAAAUUCGGGGACAUGAUGUCGCAGGAGUCGCUGGAAGUGGCCGAAGCUGCAUACGAGGCCUACGACCCAAGUGUUGGGUCCAAGAAAAUCGAUUGGAAUAUUCGCUUUAUAAUUAUGCGUGCCCAGGAGCCAUUGAUCAUGAGAGCUACUCCCUUUCCCACUUUUAAUAUGAUUAACUACAAGGCCAUACUCAACCAGUGCUAUGGAAUCCUCACGCUUCUGCUGAAUACUUUGGACUAGAAUAAUCUUGCCCUUCUGAACCAGCUUAUAAUUCACUUAUGCUCGCAUGUGUAUCACCGAUUCCCACAUUAAACACACCCCUCCCUGGUAAUCUUUGCUCUUAUUUUGGUCGAUAGUGUAUCGAAACGUCCCAAUAUGGUACUGCCGCCGAGCAUAAUAAUCGCUAUUCUUGUUGCUCCAAUCCUAAAGUAAAUCCUAUGUAUGUACAUAUUGCACACUGACUUUCAGUCGAACAAAUGCUUAUUCGCUGUGGUUCAGUGCUCAGGGUGUGGUUCGCCCCUUGGUAGUGAAUGCACCCAAGGCACUUCUUUAUUAAUUGGAUUUUUCACCAAAGGAUUAUAUAAUUUCCCGAUGAAUUUUCUUCAGAAAUUCUAGUUUUCCCAGAUAUCCAGAGCGUAGGAAAAAUGCGAAACAGAAAUUUUACAGUCAGUGCCAUCACCCAUAAUUAAACAGAAAUCAUCUUUCGACGAAAUUUAGACCGUUAUGUAAAACUCAUUCCAUUCGAGCGGGAAGGGAACGUUGUGAGCCGAGGCUAGGGCAGCGAUGUACAUCACUUGUGGGGCUUGAGCUGAUCUUGGGUAUACAUCUUGACAUCGUAUGCAUUUAGAUGCAAAUUUGGUAACCAUUUAAUAGUUCACUCAUAACACUAUUCAACACCACAUAUGUACCUACUGUGAACCCACUUGACUUUUUAUGAUCGAUUUGGGGCCUUCAAAAUGUUUGAUAAUUUUUUCCUUU